AGAGCGAGAGGCGAGAGAGGAGGGAGGCGAAUGGGAGGUUGCUACUCUGCUCCAUCUUCUAAUGACUCCUUCGUCGACCGGAAGAAGAAACCGAGCCUCCACUGCCUACCCUCCUCCUACACCGACGACGACGAUGACGACGACGAGAGAGACUUCGACACCCGUCCGUCCUCACCGCUCUCCAUCCUCGACGGCCUUCCUGCCGUCGACUUCCUGCAGCGUUACCUCCUGGGGGCCGAGCUGGGGCGGGGCGAGUUCGGGGUGACCCGGCGCUGCACCGACAACGAGACCGGCGAAGCCUUGGCGUGCAAGAUCAUCUCCAAGAGGAAGAUCAGGAGCAUGGAGGACAUGGUCGACGUGCGGCGGGAGGUGGAGAUCAUGAAGACCCUGUCGGAGCACCCCAACAUCGUGAGCCUGAGAGAGGCCUACGAGGACGGCGAGUCUGUUUACCUCAUCAUGGAGGUCUGCGAGGGCGGUGAGCUCUUCGAUAGAAUCGUAGCAAAGGGCCACUACUCGGAGCGUGCCGCAGCAAACGUUGCUAAGACGAUCGUCGAGGUUGUUCAGCUGUGCCAUAAGCAUGGGGUGAUACAUCGAGACUUGAAGCCUGAAAACUUCUUGUUUGCGAACAAUUCAGAAGAUUCACCCUUAAAGGCGAUUGACUUUGGCCUCUCUGUGUUCUUCAAACCUGGUCAGCGAUUCACCGAAGUUGUUGGAAGUCCAUAUUACAUAGCACCUGAAGUCCUCAAAAGAAGCUAUGGACCAGAGGUAGAUGUAUGGAGUGCGGGGGUUAUUCUUUACAUUUUAUUGUGUGGAGUUCCACCUUUUUGGGCAGAAAAUGAUGAAGGCAUCAUCCAGUCAAUUCUUAACUCUUCUAUAGAUUUUGAAAGAGAACCUUGGCCAAAGAUAUCCAGAAAUGCGAAGGAUCUCGUGCAGCUAAUGCUAGAUCCUAAUCCAUCAACCAGAUUGACAGCUCAGCAAGUUCUUGAUCAUCCUUGGCUUCAGCAUGCUAACAAGGCUCCCAAUGUCUCACUCGGAGAAACUGUGAGAACAAGGCUCCAGCAAUUCUCAGUCAUGAACAGGUUCAAGAAGAAAGCCCUCAGAGUGGUAGCUGAGCAAUUGCCGAUAGAAGAAGUAGCAAAUAUUAAGAAGAUUUUUUAUAUGAUGGACAAGGACAAGAAUGGGACUCUAACCCUCGAAGAACUAAAAGAGGGUUUGCACAUAAUUGGGAAUCCUGUUCCGGAACCAGACGUUAAAAUGUUACUGGAAGCGGCUGAUGUUGAUGGAAAUGGCACCCUAGACUGUGAAGAGUUCAUGACUGUCUCUGUUCAUCUUAAAAAGAUCAGCAGUGAGGAGCAAUUAACAAAAGCAUUCAAUUACUUUGACAAAGAUGGUAGUGGUUAUAUUGAGAUGGAUGAGUUAAGAGAAGCUUUAGUUGAGGGUGAUGCACCUACUGAGCAAGUGAUAUGGGAAAUCAUCUCUGAUGUUGACACAGACAAGGAUGGACGGAUUAGCUACAAAGAGUUUGAGUUAAUGAUGAAAUCUGGAUCAGACUGGAGGAAUGGAUCGCGACAGUACUCGAGACAAUUGUUUAACAAUCUAACUAAGAAGUUGUUCAAAGAUAGCUCAUUGAAGGAAAAUUAAGUCCUGUAUUUGAGCACAGUCUCUGUCUGAUAUCAUCUUACAAUGUGGACAUGUCUGUGUCAAGUUUUUCAUCUUUCAUGAGGAUGCAGAGGUGUGAUUUUCAACUA